AUGGCAGCUCUAGUGGCACAAUCAGAAGACCAGCCCCGGGAUGUCGUCUUUCGAAAUUAUUCGUCCCAACAAGCAUCAAACUAUGCCGAAGGUCGACUCGGAUACUCAGAGGCAUUGAUUGAGUUCGUUUUGAAACAGCACAAUUCAAGUGGCGGCCGCAAUGGAGUCUUGCUGGAUGUCGGAUGUGGUCCAGGUCCCGCGACUCGAAUGCUGGCGCCGCACUUUGAUGUAGCUUACGGCGCUGAUCCGGGCCUCAGUAUGAUCGAAAAGGCUCAACAGAUGGGAGGCAUAUCUAAAGCCGGUGCUCAGAUCGAGUACAAAGCUCAUUGGUUUGACAUGCCAAAGUUUUGGAAUGCAGCUGCCAAGCUGUUGAAACCGGGUGGCACUGUUGCCCUAUGGACAGCUUUUAGGCAGUCCGGCAGUCAAAUUACCAAUGAUGGAUACGUCGACCUCCUCAUGCCUUGGGAUGAUCCAACUACUGCUUCACUGUAUGACCGCGGAUCAUCUUCCCGCCACGAGCUCACUGCGAAGGAUGGGUAUUUCCCCAAACCCUAUCUGAUGGAUAACAACCCCGGUGAUGACUCACUAGACGAGAAACUCCAAAGGUUUGAGAAACUCGUCAAUAGUUUCGGGACAGUCAAUCGCUGGCAAAAAGCCAACCCUGAGAUAAUUGGAACGGAAGACGAUAUUGUUAAGAUUUUGAUGAGAAAGCUGCGAGCGGCAGCUGAAGAUGACGGGGGCAUACUUAAUUUAUCAAGCCUGGCAGAUAAAUAUGCCAUCGCGGUUAUCAUUGUGAAGAAGAUAAGACCAAUAAGUCUGCCUCGAUCAAUUCCUUUCACCGAGGGGUAG